AUGGGUGAACAAAAUCGGUACAAUGCAGCCGAUGUAAAUGAUGAAGAAGCAUAUUUGGAUAGCGGGUUUUCACGAAGUGAUUGGAAUCCGAAAAUUACAGUUGGGCAAAUUUCCUCUAGUAAGAAAGCAUUGUUGACGGAGUUACGGUUGACGACAUUAAGAGGCCACUUUGAAUUUGAGGUGCAAUUCUCUUGCACUAAGAGGCUGCUUGUGCUUUGUUGUCAACGUCCAUGCCCAUGGCGGGUCCGAGCAUCGAGAAUUGGAGAAUACAGCUUCAUGAUUGUGAGGUUUACAACUGUCCAUGAAUGUGAUUUGAGGUUCUUAAGUGACAAGCAUCGUCAAGCAACCGCAGCACUUGUAGCCACUUCACUUAAAAGGAAGUUGAAGGAUUCUCGGACAAUAUACACACCAAGUGACAUUAUGAGAGAUGUGAAACACAACUUUGGUUGCACCAUCCAUUAUUCGAAAGCUUGGAAAGCAAGGGAGUUAGCUCUAUUGUCCAUUAGAGGAUCAGCGGAGGAGGCAUAUUAUAUCCUUCCAGCUUAUUGCUAUGAAUUGGAGCGUAUGAAUCUCGGCACAAAAACACACAUCCAAACUGAUGAGAACAAUCACUUUGUGUAUUUAUUUAUGGCGGUUGGCUCAUGUAUUAGAGGGUUCCGUUCUUCCAUGCGCCCAGUGAUAGCCGUGGAUGCCGCUCAUUUAAAAUCCAAGUACAAGGGUGUUAUGUUUGUAGCAAAUGCAUUCGAUGGUAAUCGAAAUAUAUAUCCUCUUGCUUUUGGGAUCGGGGAUUUGGAGACGGAUGCAUCAUGGCAUUGGUUUUUCACUAAACUUCAUGAAGCCAUUGGUGAGUGUCCCAAUCUUGUUAUUAUUUAUGAUCGCAAUGUUAGCAUAGAGAAUGUGUGGAACAAAAUUUUUCCAACUGCACAACAUGGCAUAUGCUUUUAUCAUAUGAAGGGGAACAUGAAACGCACUUGCAAGUUGAAAAAGCGCGAUCACAUACUUAUGCACUUUGAGCAGGUUGCGAAAUCUUAUUCCAUUGUUGAAUUUGAUUGUCAUUUUCGCAAGAUCAAGUGA